AUGCAUCGUGACUCUUGUCCGCUGGACUGCAAGGUUUAUGUGGGUAACCUUGGGAACAAUGGCAACAAAACUGAAUUAGAGCGAGCUUUUGGCUACUAUGGACCACUGCGCAGCGUAUGGGUGGCGAGAAAUCCUCCUGGGUUUGCCUUUGUGGAAUUCGAAGACCCCCGAGAUGCAGCUGAUGCAGUAAGAGAACUAGAUGGAAGAACCCUGUGCGGGUGUCGUGUCAGAGUGGAGCUUUCCAAUGGUGAGAAGCGGAGUCGGAACCGUGGUCCACCUCCAUCCUGGGGCAGGCGUCCUCGAGACGACUAUCGCAGAAGGAGUCCUCCUCCUCGUCGCAGAUCACCGCGAAGGAGAAGCUUUUCUCGUAGCCGCAGCAGGUCCCUCUCCAGAGAUAGAAGAAGAGAGAGAUCACUCUCACGGGAGAGGAACCACAAGCCUUCCCGUUCCUUUUCCAGGUCUCGCAGUCGCUCCAGGUCAAACGAGAGGAAAUAGGACUCUGGGAAGGAGCUGUGUACAGGAAGUCGCUAGAUCUGAGGGCAGGAGGAGUAUGUACAGAACAUUGUUUUGUUUUGAAACUUCAUAAAGCUUGGUGCAUUUUUAAAAUGUUUUAGCUGUUGAACUCGCUUUGUUCCUUGUAUCUUGUAACAGGUGGCACAUGUAAAGAUGUGAAUCUGUAUAUGGUUCUGAGCAGGUCAUAUGAUUUGUACUAUUAAUCGCUUUACAACGUACC